AAGAUCACCAUUGAUAUCUCCAACAAAAACAUUAACCAGUUUUCUCUCAUUGGUCGUGCAAAGCUAGAGGCCAUGAAAGAUGGCUUGCUGGAAACUCAGUUGAUUAUGCCCUCACUUAACACUGAGGCCACUCUUACUGCUACCAUGAACUGUGAUGAAUAUUUGACUCUGGAACUCAAGAGUAACAUCAAGCUCCCAGAGACCAACUCUGUGCAGAAGAUUACCUUACAAUAUUCUAAAGAUGAGAUGAAGAUUGAGAUGAAGUCUGACAUAGACUCGGAGAUCCAGAAGCUGAUGCCCAAUGCAGCACCUCUUCAGAGUCACCUAUAUCAGGCCUUUGAUAACAUCAUGGACAAUAAAGUUGUAAAGACUGACAUGAAACUCCGUCACAUUUACGCAAAACUCUGGGAGGCUUACCUCAUUUGGAUGGGCAAGAUUGCUUCUGAUGUGCCCUACCUUCAGACACUAAGAGAGAGCAUUCCAGAAGUGGUUAUUCCAUCUUUGCCUGAGAGGGUGUUCAUGAACACAGAGAGCAUUUUCAAAUACAAGUUCAACAAAGAUCAUGUCAGCUUCACCGUUCAUUUGCCUCUUGGUGGAAAAACAUCUGAGGACCUGAGAAUCCCUCCCACCGUGGCCACCCCAGAACUAGUCAUGCCACAAAUUAGUGUAAUGCUACCCUCUAAAAGGUUCAAUCUACCAACCUUUUCCAUUCCUUCUAGCUAUGACCUCUCAAUGCCUCUUCUAGGAAUGGUAGAGGUAUCAGCAAAAGUGAACACUAACUUUUAUGAUAUAGAGGCAUUUUUUUCUGGUGGCAACAACACUGUCAAUGAGCCCAGCUACAUUACAAGCUACAAAGUUGUUGCAAACAGUCCUGUGGAACUUCUUGCUUUUACUGUGGAAGGAUCUGCACAAAUUGCUGACAUUACAGAGGACAUUGCGAAGUUCGACAUCAUUUCUUCCCUGAAACAUAAGCUCAUAGAUGCACGCUUCAGUCUAAUGGAAACAGCCAAAUUCACAGAUGAAGUGAAAGCAACAGGAAAUUACAAGAUUGAGGCCUUCAGCCCUCUGGGUAUGCAGAUGUCACUGGUAUACACAACCCAGGCAUCAGUUUCUUCUGAAAUCAGAGGGGAUGGCAGUUUAGAUGGAUCACUAAAAGUAGGAUCAAUAUCUGCUAGAACUACUGGCACACAAGCCUUUUUACUUCAACCCAAAUCUAGAGAGGCAAGAGCUGAAUCCACUUUCAGUUUAAGCUGUCCAAAUUUCCAAAUACUAAACAAGAUGAAAGCUACAGCAGCCAGUGGAGAACUUUCAUUUGAGUUGAACACUGACAUAGAGAAUGACCCAGUCCACCACACCACCAAGUUCAACAUUGCACUCAAGGAAGCUAAGUUUACCAUUAAGUCUGAUUCUGUCACCAGAGCUUAUGAGACCAAGCUUCAAAACCAGGUAGAUUUCUCUGCAACUAUGAAGGAGGUCACUAUCAGGAUUGAGUCCCAGGCUGAUGACAACACAAAUCGAGCUUUCUCCCAGCUUACUGGGUCCCUAAGCACCCAGGGACUGGAGCUCAAUAGUGAUGCUACGAUCAACUUCGCUGUCAACCAUGCCUCUAGCAAAGGCACGCUGUCAUUCACCAAAGAUGGCCUGACCACUAGCUGUACCACCAGUGCUCAGAUCAGAUCUGUGACCUUUGAAAACAUUUUCCAUGGUGUAAUUACAACUACAGGUGCUACAGUGGCUGUCUCCAGCAAAGGAACAGUCAAUGAGAACAGCGCUGAACUCAAAGUUGAAGGAAGACUUGCAAGUUCAGAAGUAUAUCUAAACAGCAUGUACAAGGGUGACAUUUUCAAUGCCAACACCAGAAACAUGAUCACUCUCAAGCUGAAUGAAGAAGGUCUAAACCUCUCCAACAACUUGAUUGCAUCACUUCAAGAGAUUAAAAUAGAAAACACAGACUCACUGAUAGUUACCCUUAAAUCUUUGGCCAUGCAUUCUAAAUCCAACAGCUUCCUGAAUGAGAACAACUUCUACAAGCACAACGUUGCAGUGGACAUACAUGAAUUUACAGCAUCUUUCCAGGCUGAAAAUGGUCUUAAAGUAAUUGGUAUCCUCUUUAGCAAUGAAGUCCAGAUGAAGGCAGAGCCCUACAAGAUGGAAGUUACUGGAACUCUGAAGGGGAUAUUUGGUGAAAAGGGACUCAGACAUACAUAUGAGAUCACGUAUGUUGACCAGACAGCCACUGCAAAGUGCAGCACCAAUGGAAAACUCUUGGGCAGUCAAAUGACUCAAAGCUCAGAGUUUGAGAUCAUUGGGUUUUCCACAAAGUUCAGCAAUGAGGUGCACUUCAACUCUCCCUCUCUCCAACUGGAAAUUAACAUCCUAACUAAAACAGAACCUUUCAGUGUGAAUGUUGAGAGCUCCUUCAACUCUGAUGGAGCACUUAACCUGUAUGGAAAACACAGUGGCCAGGUGAAAAGCAUGUUGCUUCUUCAAGCUGAACCUAAGUCUUACUCAUACAAGCAUGAAUGGAAGGCCUCAACUUCCCACCAGCUGAACAAUGGAAACUCCAUUAAAACUAACUUCCAGCAUAAAAUAACCAGCGCUAUCACCCCUCAGCAGCAAAAGUUUAACUUCAAUAUGGAGUCUAUGCUGAAUGACCAUGCCUUUGACCAUUCCCUGGAAAUCUUCAACACUCCAAAUAACAUGGGUAUUGCACUGAAAGGCACCAUGUCCACCAACGUCUUGAAUAAAGCCAAUGACAAUCAAGAAUUUGGCAUCACAAGUGCUCUGAAAUAUGAGAAGAACAGUGAAAGUCAUUUUAUUUACCUACCUUUCAUUGAUAAGCUGCCUUUUCUCAUAGAAGAGGUCAAAAUUGCUAUGCUCACCAUGAAAGAUCGCAGCAUUGACCUGUUUGAUGUCAUUGAUACUAAACAUGACAUUACAGACACUUUUAAAAGCAAAGGAAAUGAACUUUCACAGCUAAUUGUAAAUUUUGAUGUGGACAUGUUCUUGGAUGAUGUGAGACUUUUUGCCUCUGAUAUGAAAGCUGUAGUAAUGGAAAUGGGCAAAAACAUGCAACCCAUCAGGGACUUGAUUGACAGUUUGGGCCAAAAAACUGGCAUUAUCACCAAGAUAAAUGAAAUUCUCAACAAACUUGAUGAGGUUUUGGCAGAAUAUGAGAUUGAGGCAAUGGUUGAGAAAAUCAUCGAUGAUGCUGUGGAUUUAAUGAAACAAUAUGAACUAAGGGAAACUAUGCAAUCAGCUGCAAGUUACCUAAACUAUUUUGACAUGAAAUCAGUAUUUGAUAGAAUCUUUGAACAAAUGAAUGAGCUGACAAAACUACUAAAUAGCAAAGUCAAUGAAAUGAUGGCUUAUGAUUUUGACACCUUGGCUGAUGAAGUAAAGCAGAUGGUCACUGUCCUCAUUAGGGUCCCCUGCUUUGGAAUUCUGCAUGGUGAGAUUGAAAUCAAAUCCUCGGAGCACACUCUGAAGACCAGUGCUGAACUUAAUAACUCAACAGACAAAUUCACUGCUAACCUGAAUUCUCAGUUCCAGACACCUAUUGAUCUCUUGGCGUACACCUUUGAUGCCACUGCUCACCUUAGCAUCACCAGAAUGAAAGAGCUGUCUUUGACUGAGACAGUGAAAGCAAAUCACAUGGCUUUCUCUCUUGAUCACGAGGGAUUCAUGUCCAUCAAUGGCCCUAUUGCCCAGGUAUCUUCCAAGACCACAGCUAAGGCAACGACAGAACCAUACAGGGCUGACUUAGUGAACAAUGCAUUUCUGAGCACAGAACAUGGCUUCUCAGGUACUUUGGAGACCUCUUACAUCCACAGUGUGAACAUGCCAGUGGCCAACAUCUUCAGUGAAGCCACAAUGACCCAAAAAGCUGCUGCUCAGCUGGAAUCUGGCAUAAUCAUCCUCACCGUUGGAAAUAAUGGCAAAGGAAAAUUGUCUGUCUUUGAUUAUUCUGAUGAAGGAACCCAUAAGAGUAACUUGGAGAUUCUGAUAAACGUGGAGUCCAUAAAAUUGACUUUUGAUGGUAACACUGACAGCAGUCUUCUCAAGAUGAAGCAAAAAGUUGAUGUUGAGACUAGAGGUUUGACUCAGAUCAAGUUUAAUGUGCAUGCAGAGACAGAAACUCGUUUUAUCAAGAGAAGCAUUGCAGCAGUGAAAGGGCAGAUUCGUUUGAUGGAACCCAUGGUUGAGCUGAGUGGGUCUCAUGACGCUGAACUGAUUGGCAAAGUUGAAGGCACCAUUACCAACUCAGUUAACUUCAAGGCUGUGCCUUUUGAAAUGAUCUUUGACACCAAGAACAAGAAAAACACUAAAGUAAUGCUUCCAUUUAGGUUGUCCAGUAAAGUUGAUUUGCAGAAUGAUAUGGCUUUAACUCUGAAUCCCUCUGUGCAGCAGGCCAGCUGGACUAGUCUUGCUAGGUUAAAUCAAUAUAAGUAUUCUCAUUUCAUUAGUAUGGCUAAUGGUGAGAAGGAAAUUCAGUUCUCUGCAUCAGUCAAUGGUGAGGCUGACUUUAAUGUGCUGACCUUGCCGAUUAACAUUCCUAAAUUGACUGUCCCAUUCAUUAACAAUGAACUGUGUGUAGAGAAAUUUUCUUUAUGGGAGGACACAGGCCUUAAAAAAAUCUUGAUCACACCUCAGCAGACCUUUGAUAUGGAUGCAAAGUUUAAGUAUGUGAAGAACCCUGAGAUGUUCAACAUGCAACCAGUCCUCAAUUCUAUUAUUAGGAAAAUUAAAAUACCCAUUUUUGCAACUGGCAAAACCACAUCUGAUACAUAUGAUUGUCCUUAUUUUGCUAAGAUCACUCUUCCCAAUAUUAAGAAAUCAAUUAUGAUCCCUGUCAUAGGAUACCUGACCUAUGACUUCUCUGUGAAAGCAGCUAUGAUCAUUAUUAAUACCAAGGCUGAGAUCCUUAAUCAGGAUGAAAUUGCUGCCCAGUUUGAAACUCAGGUUAGCUCUGAGUUUGGUGUACUCAAUGGCAAAACCAGUGGCUCUGCCACCUUCAACAUGAAUUCAGGGAUGAAACUGUUUACCAAUCUAAUUGUGGAGCAUAAAUAUUUUGAGAACAACUAUAAUGGAGUUCUUGAGACCAACACAGAAGUCUCAAAGGCUGUUAUUUCAAAUAUUGCCAAAGUAAAUCUUCCAGAUGUGAAAUUUAUGCUUUACCACAAUUUAACUGGAAAUACAGAAGGUCUUACUGUUUCUGUAUCAUCCCCAUCUGCUGGACUCCUUGGUCUUCAGCUGCAGCGCAAGAGCUUAUCCCACCACACAGGAAAACUUUUUGGUGCAAACCCAUCUGAGGAUUACAUGGACAUUCUAAAGGUUGACAUUGCAAUAAAGGACCCAAACAGACUGAGUUUCCAGACACAGUGGAACAAGGAGCUCCCUGGUCAAAUUCUUUUGUGGCUGAAGAAGAAAGUUGCUUCAUUAAAGGAUUUGAAAGACACAGUAACAUAUUUCAUCAGUGCACUUUACAAUGACAUCAGCAAUAAGUACGAGAAGCUAGAAAGUACCAUUGAUCACUGUCUGAAGGAACUGCCUGAAAUCUUGAAAUUAAGUGUGAAGAAAGCAGAGGAGCUCAUUAGCUCUAUCAAAUUUCAAGAUCUGGGCAAGCUCUCAUCCUGGAUCAGUAAAGUUUUCUCUGAUGCUGUCAACUCCAACAUCCUGAAUGAAAUAGCUGAGCAGGCUGAGAAGACCAGGAGAAUUAUUGAAGGCUAUUAUAAAACUGUCAAAGCCAAGGCCCAGGACAUUUUUGCUGAGAUGACCCUUGCGCAACUGAUUGAAGACACCCAGGCUUGGAUUGAAUCUACUAUGACCCAUCUGGAAGUUCUUAUGAACCAAAUUAUUGAGACCCUCAAGGAUGCCAAGAAUAUUCAGUCCUAUGUGAGACUGAAUGGCACAGAAUUGAAUAUUGACAUUCCUAUUCCAUUCAUAAGGAAUUUCUUCAGUAGAAUGAUUUCACAUCCUUGUACCAAGACGCUAAGUAGCUAAACUUUGCCAAGAGAAAUUAUGAAGAUUGUUAUUGUUAUGCCCACAAAAUAUUUGCCCAAGCUGCUGUGGUUCCUUCUUUUUGUUUUGUAAGUAACUAAUUUAGAAUAGUGUUCUUUAAAGAAAAUAGCUGAAUGUUACGAUCUAUCUUAUUAUUGUAUUUAAUAAGCAAUG